UUAUCUCUGGGAGAGUCACCCCUCACAUCUCUUGACGGACACUCCCCUUAAUACAUACUUCGCUUCGUGCAAUCUAUAAAUAUGCCACGCCGAAACCCCCUUCGAGAACAGGAUGUCACUCAGGACCUAGUAAAAAAGCCGUCCCCAGAGUUCUCCAAGUACCAAGACCUCAUCCCAGAGCUAAGACUCGAGAUCUGGCGGCAGGUGCUGCUUCCUCCCGGUGUCCAUUUCCUCACCCUCGAAUUCCGAAGAAAGAUAAAAGAUGGCAAUAUAGUUAAUGAGUUACUCGUUGACACCUGGGGCUGCCCAUCAUCUGAUCGAUCGACAUGGAGAGUCCGUAACAAAAUCUCUAAAACUGACAAAUACUCAUGGGAUGUUAUGAAGAAAUUCUCCGAAGGGACUUCAAUUUUGCGACCACGGGGGUUUUCGCGGAAGUUCGACGCUUUCAUUGACUGUACCCGUGAUCUUGUCUGUGUCCGUUUUCUUGGGCGCAUUCUUAACCCAGGCAUUCAUCCAUUCCGGAAUUUGGAGGUAUUGGGGGGAAUCAGAUACGUCGGCAUAGACUACAAGAACCAGGCUGUUUCCGGUUCAGUCAACAUGGGUUUUCAGUGCUUAUGUCGUGAUAACAUUCACAAGGCCAGCACGAUCUGUCCCAAGACUUUGGAGGACUUUGUUCCCCACUUCCAGGGCAUGGAGACUUUAUAUUUUAUGGUUCAAUUGACCGUCAAGAAUAUCAAGUCUCUCCCGCCUGUUUCAAGAGGAAAGAAGCGAGACCAUCAAGGGACCAUCAAAGAGCAAGGUGGCCAGCCAGCUAAGACCAUGCCCGUACCAUCUCGAACACCAGCGCGGAAUUCUCAAAUCGUCUCUGAGACCUUUCAUAAAUUUCUAGAUAUUGCGCGACGAGACAAGCUCGACAGUUUCGAGGACAAGCGAUUCACGUACUACGAGGUGCAAGAAAAGGACACGUCGUGUCUACUCAUUCACGAAGAACUGUGGAAUGUCUUUAGCGACCUGAAAGACCUCUGGGCAGUCGCAAAGAGCAAAGUACCGCCCCCCUACCAAGUCAGAGAGCCGAAACUUAAGGUCUUGGUCUACGCCGAAUCAAAGAAGAAUCCUGCGCAAUCAUAGGGGCCUGCAGGUAGAAGCAGCUUAAGCAGCCGCCCAAAAUCUACCUACUAAGAAUUUGUAGUCAAUUGGCGACGAGC